AUGAAUAGUAGAGCGCUAUGCAAUGUGUCGUCUUUCCGGAAGUGUGUAUCUUGGUUUAGACUGGUAUUUCUGCGUUCGUUAAAUUCAUUGUCCUUAACGUGAUCAGUAUGAAUUUAAGGAGAACUGGACAUUCAGACAUUUGCGCGUAACAUGUUCUCGGUUUUAUUGCUCUGACUCUAAAGCAGAAAGCGCCAGGAUUUAAACAAUCGGGUAAAACAUUAGCUGUCCAGCUAACUCCGCCCAGGGAUGAGAAAGCGAUAUCAAAACAGUGAUCUUGAUAUUUGGGCUGGUUAUAAAAUUUUACAUUCGACAGCUCUGCAGAGAAUGAUUUUGGUAUAAGGGCCGUUCAUUUAAGCCGUGUUGCAGUUUAAAACCUGUAUGAUCAUUUUUGGCCAUUAAUAUGUUGAGGAUCUAGUUUUUAACAGUGAGCACGCUACUACAGUUCCCAUACAGCCACAGUGGAAAUAAUGAUGAAUGUUAUUACAUCAGUUCGUGACUGGCAGAUUUGGUUACCAUAGAGAUGACAGCUAAGAAGCAUGAUCUGUUUGAGGAUCCAAGCUUUACAGCUGAUGACUCCGCCCUCUUCUCGGACUACACCACGCCCCUUUCCAGGCUCACUGGCACGGUCACCUGGCUCCGCCCCGAGCAAAUCUGUAAGAGUCCAUGCCUCUUCCCUGAUGACUAUGCUGACGCUUACCCAAAGCAAGGCAUUCUGGGAGACUGCUGGUUGCUGUGUGCUUGUACCAUGCUGUUGAAGAACCGCUAUCUGCUGGAUCAGGUGAUGCCCCCUGGACAGUGUGUGUGGGGACAGAGUGGUUACACUGGUCAGUUCCGGUUCCAAUUUUGGAGGAAUGGUCAUUGGACAGAAAUUCAGAUAGAUGAUCGACUACCCUGCAUCAACGACACACCCUGUUUUUCUCGUUGUCAAAGCCCCAUGGCUUUCUGGGUAGCAUUGUUGGAAAAGGCAUAUGCAAAGCUACAUGGCUCAUAUGAGCAUUUAUGGGCAGGACAGGUGUGUGAGGCAGUGGUGGACCUGAGUGGGGGCGUGGCAGAACGCUGGAGUUUAAAAAAGUCUUUGAGCACACCUGGAGGGAGGAGUGUCUUCUCAGAGCUCUCACAGGAGAUGAGGAAACAGAGUUACAUAAGUUGCUGUGUGCAUGAAGCACCUACAGAUGCCCCUGAGCAGGGUCAGUUCCAUGCUCUGAGUGUAAUGGAAUGGAAAGCUGUGAAAACAAUUGCUGGAGCGCAAGUGCAGCUGCUGCAGAUACGCAACCCAUGGGGCAGAAGGUGCUGGGAAGGAGCCUGGACUGAAAGUGGAACAGGGUGGACUUUGCUGGACCCCUCAUGGUCUGCAGAUCUUUUGGGCCGCACAAAGGAUGGGGAAUUCUGGGUAGAUGAGAUGGAAUUCCAGCAAAAAUUUGAUGAAGUUACUGUAGGAUACCCAAUCAGUGAGGAUCAUCAUCUUCAGAGCAUAUACACGGGGUCUCUCUUGACUCACACCCAGCAGAUAAGCGGGUCCUGGGUCAGAGGCCAAUCAGCAGGGGGAUGCCGUAACAACAGUACCUACAGCAGUAAUCCUAAAUUCUGGUUAAAGGUUAAGGAACAAGGAGAAGUACUCAUAUCGCUCCUGCAGCAUGGACCAUGGACCUCAGUGUACAAUUCCCAGAAAAGGCAAUCACCUGGCAACACACAUCAGCACCCAUACUAUCAGGCCAUUGCACUGCACAUUUGGAAGGUGGACAAAAAGCGCUUCAACUUGACGCGAACACUAAACUCGACACCCUGUGCGUCCUCACGCACACACACAUAUGAGCGUGAGGUGGUGGUACAUGCACACUUAAGUGCUGGAUUCUAUCUGCUUGUGCCCAGCACCUUCCUACAGGGAGCACAGGGGCACUUCCUUCUUCGAGUGCAUUCUACCUGCCCCACUUACCUCAGUGCAGUAAAGGUGAGUGUGCAGCAGGAGUCUGUAGGAGGAGAAUGGGAGAUGGCAAGUGUGAGCGGCUGCUGGAAAGUCGGCUCUACAGCUGGAGGAGGUCGGAACUUUCCGUCACAUGGGCAGAAUCCUCAUGUUCCCCUCAUAGUGACUUAUGAUCCAGGGGGGACAAAUGUUAGUGUCACGCUGCGCCAGCAUAGCCCGGAGAACACACUUCAUGCCAUUGGCUUUCAUAUUUAUAAGUUGGUGCAGUACACAGUGAAAUGAAACAACGUUCCUCCAGCCCCAUGGUGCGACAUAAAACUCAGAGCUACACAAAACAACACAGAGCUAAGUACAGUACACAGUACCACAUGAAGUGCAUGUGUGCAAACAGUGCAACACAGACAGUAGAAUAUUAUACAAUUUAUUUACAUUUUCAUCAUUUAGCAGAUGCCCUUAUCCAGAGCGACUUACAUUUUUAUCUCAUUUUAUACAACUGAGCAAUCGAGGGUUAAGGGCCUUGCUCAGGGGCCCAGCAGUGGCAGCUUGAUGGACUUUGGAUUCAAUCUCACAACCUUUCGAGCAGUAGUCCAAUGCCUUAAGCACUAAGUUACCACAUCCCCACAAUUCAUUAGUGUUGACAGUGCAGCACUGACCAGUACACAGUUUUGUGGUGAGUAAAGUGCAAGUAAAAAAUGCUACGGGUGUAAACAUAAAGGACAGUUAGCAGCAGAUUGUAGCAGUAUAAAUAGUAAGGGCCUGGAUGCUUGCUUUUGGUUGUGAGGUAUGAAUGCUUCGGUACCUUUUUUUCCAGAUGGCAGGAGGGUGAGAGUUUGUGUCAAGGGUGCGUGGGGUCAUUCACAAUGCUGAUGGAUUUACUUGUGCAGCAUGUGGUCUCAGUGUCUGUGAUGGAGGAGAGACUUGGAUGACCUUCUCAGCUGUUCUCACUAUCCUCUGCAGGGUCUUGCGUUCAGAGUGCAAUUCUCAAACCAUGCAGUGAUGCAGCUGCAUCUUGAUUCUCUUCAUAGUUUCUCUGUAGAACAUGGUAUGGAUGGGGGGUGGGGAAUGGGCUUUCCUCAGUCCUCCUGUAAAGUAGAGACAGUAUUGUGUUUUACUGGUGUUCGGUCUGGUAAUGAGGGACCAGGUGAGGUUCUUCCACCAGGUGAACACCAAGCACUUUGGUGCUCUUUAUGAUAUCCACGGAAGAUCCAUCAAUGUUCAGCUGAGAUUGGUCGCUCUGUGGUCUUCUGAAAUCAACAACCCUCUCCUUUGUUUUGUCAUUAUGCUGAUUAGUAAAUGAAUGAUAAAAAAACAACAACAAAGAAACAAGAACAAUAAUCUGAGGCUACAAUCUUACCUGAAUCUAUGCAGUGUGAAUAUACAUUUUAUAUUUUUAUACGAUAAAACAUACAGCAAGUUAGAAGCAUGUGGCUGAGAGAUAAAGAAGAAUUGUGACAGGAAGCUCUGACUCUGCUCUGAAGCAUUGACAAAAAAAAAUAUUUAAAUAAAAAGUUUUUAUAAGACUUUUAAUAAGAUUUUGGUUAAAACACACCCAGUAAUAGACCAGUGACUUGACUAAAAGAAUCAAUUAAAAGCAUGAACCCAUAUCUUACCACAGUACAUUAACAUUCCCCUUUGUUAACUUUGUUAGCUUUUUCUCUAUUAAAAAAAAUAAUAAAGCUCUCACCAAAUCACAAUAGCAACAUUUACAUGAUGUUUAUUGUGAAAAUGUGACGACAGCAUUGGAGGCAGCAUUAAAAGUCAUGGCAUUUGUGUGUGUGUGUGUGU